CCAGGGCCAUGCAAUCCUACUCUUACCCCUUCCUGUUUCUCUCUCUCCAGUGACUGCUGGCGUAUCAGCCUUGGAAGUAUACACCCCAAAAGAAAUCUACGUGGCCAAUGGGACACAAGGGAAGCUGCCGUGCAAGUUCAAGUCUGCGAACACCACCAGCAGGUUGACCACAAUCUCCUGGAGCUUCCAGCCAGAGGGAUCCCACACCACCGUGUCGUUUUUCCACUACUCCCAAGGGCAAGUGUACAUCGGGGACUACCCGCCCUUCAAGGACAGAAUCACCUGGGCUGGGGACCUCGACAAGAAAGACGCAUCGAUCAACAUAGAAAAUAUACAGUUCAUCCAUAACGGCACCUACAUCUGUGACGUCAAAAACCCUCCCGACAUCGUCGUCUACCCGGGAUACAUCCGCCUCUAUGUUGUAGAGAAAGAGGUGUUGCCCAUGUUUCCGGUGUGGGUGGUGGUGGGUAUCGUGACCGCUGUGAUUGUGGGUCUCACCCUCCUCAUCAGCAUGAUUCUGGCUGUCCUCUACAGAAGGAGAAGCUCGAAGCGGGAUUACACCGGGUGAGAAACUGCUUCCGGGGAGGGGAGAGGGUAGGGACCAGGGUU